UGGAAAUCUGCGUUGAUAAUGAGCGAUCGCCACAAUAUAAAAGGCGACGAAAAUUUGGAUUCGGCACUCAACAUGAACGCCAAGUUGGUUAUCGUUCUGGCCUGCGCAACUCUCGCCUUGGGCGGAGUUCGCAAACUCACCGGCCCCCAGCUCUUCAGGACCACCGGCAAGAUCGUCGGAGGCUCCCCUGCCGCCGCUGGAGAAAUCCCCUGGCAGGUGUCCCUGCAGUACACUGACGGAUUCCCCUUCUGCGGAGGUUUCAUCAUCUCUGAGGAAUGGAUCGUCACUGCUGCUCACUGCUCUGACCAAGUCCCCUCCCAAGUGCGUGUCAUUGUCGGCACUCUGGAGAACGCCAGACCCGGACAGACCCUCAAUGUUGCUGAGAUCGUCAGCAACCCCGCCUACAACCCCAGCACCUCUUCUGGAGACAUCGCCGUCUGGAGGGUUGACUCUCCCAUCACCUGGAAUAGCGACACCCAGCCUGCCACUUUGGCUUCCUCGACCCCCUCUACUGGCACUCUGACCACCGUCUCUGGAUGGGGCACCACCUCCUUCGGAGGAUCCGCCUCUGAUGUCCUCCUGAAGGUCGAUGUGCCCAUCUUCGACUAUGCCGAGUGCGACAGCAUCUACUCCAUCUAUGGUGGUGUGCCCGCUGACCAGAUCUGCGCCGGUGUGCCCGAGGGUGGCGUCGACUCUUGCCAGGGUGACUCUGGCGGCCCCCUCUUCUUGGCUGGUGGCGGCGAUGUUGUUGGCGUUGUCUCCUGGGGCAAUGGCUGUGCUUUCGCUGGAUUCCCAGGCGUCUACACCGACGUUUGGUCCAACCGCGACUUCAUCAGCAGCACCACUGGUGUCUAAAUAUCUGACAAUAACCAAUAAAAUUGGCAUAAAAAUAUAAAA